CGCACCUACUGCUGCUCUAUCGUCAUCAAACAAUCGUAUAAAACAUAAACAAAAGUCUGCCGGCGCAUUCAAUCGCUUAGUUUUGAUAAAAGUUUAAUUAAUAAGAUAAAAUGCCAAACUGGAAUCAAAUACAAUCGCAACUGCGUAGCUCCAACAAUCCCGUCGUAUUUUUUGACAUUGCCGUAGGAACAACGGAGAUCGGACGGAUGAUAUUCGAACUGUUUGCUGACACAGUGCCACGCACGGCGGAGAACUUCAGGCAGUUUUGCACGGGCGAGUAUAGACCGGAUGGCGUUCCCAUUGGCUACAAGGGCGCCAGUUUCCACAGGGUCAUUAAGGACUUUAUGAUCCAGGGCGGUGAUUUUGUUCAGGGCGACGGCACCGGCGUUACUAGUAUAUACGGCAACACCUUCGGCGACGAGAACUUCACCCUGAAACACGACUCGCCCGGACUGCUGUCUAUGGCGAAUAGUGGCAAGGAAACCAAUGGCUGUCAGUUCUUCAUCACCUGCGCCAAGUGCAACUUCCUGGACGGCAAGCAUGUGGUGUUCGGUCGCGUUCUGGACGGACUGCUCAUUAUGCGGAAGAUCGAGAACGUACCCACGGGUCCGAACAACAAGCCCAAGCUGCCAGUGACCAUUUCGCAGUGUGGGCAAAUGUAGCCGGAAAUACUGAAUGUUGUAAUAAAGUCUAUAUUAUGUCUUUUUAAA